AAUUGUUGUGAUAAACUUAUUAAAUAGAUAUUAGUUGUUGUUGUUUUGGAUUGGAUAAAAGUCUAGCUGUCUGUCUUGUCUUGUCAUGUCUAUGCACACUCUGCCUAUUCUGUUCGUGAAUCUGGGAGGGGAGAUGUUGUAUGUAUUAACUCAGAGACUCAGCGCACAACACGUGGCCAAGGAGAAGGCAGAUAAAGUGGUGUGUGACAUAGUGAACAGCAUGUACGGUGUGAAGUUCCUGGGGGAGAUCAUUCGUCCUCAAGAGUUGUUUGCGAGGAAGAAUCUCCGAAUCAUUUUUGAGAAGUUAGUUCACACUUCUAUCAUGCGACUCAAUACAGUCUCAAUGGACAAGCUGUAUGACCUCAUGACCAUGGCUGUCAAACACCAAAUCACUUUCUGUGCAAAGCCGAAAGAUGUGCUUUUGGUGACAUACAACCACCUGGACUCGAUUGCCAAACUGAUUCCUGACUCACAGAUCCAGACGAAGGCACUCGUGGAGAACAUGUACAAGACCAUUGACAGAAUGUUCGGCAGUAUGACCUCGGGGGAGUUCCAGAGAGUGCGUUGCACUCUGCUCACCUUUUUCCAGGACGUGCACGUCAGGGUGUCCGUCUUCCUCCGCGACAAGGUCCAGACCCAGACUGGCAGGUUUAUCCAGUCCAAACUGGUUAGCAUCCCGCCUCAGGGUAUAGAACAACCAGGCGGUAUCAAAAUGUUCAAGAAAGACGGCAGUUGGUCUCGGUCUAGACAGUUCCCGAAGGACAUCCAGACAGUGAAGAUCUACAAGGAGCCCAGCUAUGGCAUCUAUGGCGACAGAGUCAUCAUCCUGGGCCGCAACAUGUACGAGGACGAAAAGGGAACAGAAGGCGGCGUGUCUGUGGAUAAUUCGCCACAAAUCAAACAAGAUGGGAGUGGGGUGGAUCGCCUGGGAGUGAAGAGACCCCCUUUGAAGACAGUGAUGAGCAGUGAGCUGGACCAGAUGGGGGUGGAUGAGAGUGCAGCCAAGGAGCUAGACAUGCUCAACGCACUCCUCGGACACAUGGGUGGGGGAGAGGGAGGGAGUGGCAAGCAGUCGGGAGGGUUCACAUUCCAGCUGGACCUGUUUGGAAAAGAUAGCAGCAGCUCUGGGGGGACUGCUCUGCCGUCGGCCUCUGAUCUGAGUGCAGCCUCCUCUUCGGUUGCCUCUCACAGUGCACAGAGACUGCAAGUGAACAAGGUACGCAGCUCAAAAUUAGAUUCGAUUGCUGCCGAAAUGACGCUAGAAGAUAAUAAGAAUAAAGGUCAGAGCAAGGGAGAUGAUUUGCUAGAUCUACUGGACAGAACAUGAAGAUAAAGCUAGGAAAAACUUGUUUCAAAGCGAGAGGCCAAAAACUUUGUCGUUGAUAAAUGUAAAAAAGGCUUCUAUUCCGUGCAAUUUUUUUUUAACUUUAUCACAAUUUUCACCGUUGUGCUAUCUCCUUUAAAUGUUUGAUGUAUCAUAAGUUACCUAGCUUUAUGAUUAGCAGACCUAGCCUUAUUUUGAGAUCAUAAUAUCCAACUGUAUACUUGUAAAUAGUUUAUUCGAAUGUAAAUUGUUCGAAUGUAAAUUGUGUGAAU